UAUAGUGAUCUGUGCACAGAACGAGCAAGGUCGCACGCAAAGCUGAUUUGUUUAUUUUGUUUUGUAAUAAGUUAAAAAAGUUAUUUUUAGUAAAAUAAUUACAAAAUAAAAUACACUCCAUUGAAUAAACUCCUCUCAGCUAUCAUGGAAGAAGUUUCUUUACAUAUCGAUGAACAAAUAUUCAAAGUCAAAAAAGAAGUUCUUUGUGAACAUAGCGAUUAUUUUCGCGCUAUGUUUAGCGGGAAUUAUGUUGAAAAUGAAAAGCAAGAUAUCAAAAUUGAUGUAGUGGAUGCAAAUUCCAUGAAGAUAAUUCUUCAGUAUAUGAAUAUAGGUCUCAUAGACUUAUCUGAAUACACACUAACUGCUAUAGCUGAGCUCUCGGUUGCUGCUAAUUUUCUUCAGAUACCGGAACUUAUCAAACAAAUAGAAUAUUGCUUAGAUCUUCAGUUAUCUGUGUCUACCUGGAUGCAGACUAUGGAUAUAGCUGAAUCAUCAUCAUAUUCAAAAUUAGAACAGCUAUCAGCUGCUUUUGGUUUACUUUCUUUUAAAACUAUGAGGCCAGAGUAUGUGCCAUCCAUAAAGAAACUCUAUUGGUACUUAUCACAUCCAUACUUAGAUGCUCCAAAUGAGUUGGAUGUGUUUAAGUUUGGUUUACAAUGGAUUUCUACAACGGAGACUGGAGCUGAUGCUUUAAUGUUACUUUUGUGCUGUUUAGACAUUAAAAGGCUUACAACACCUGAAUUGAGGGAGAUGAAGAUCUUAGUUGCAGAUCAUGCAAAGAGUCUUGCAUCAAAAGUAGUACACUUUCUGUAUGAACUGUCACUUGGAGAUUAUGAGUUAACAACAUCAGUUCUAUUAAACCAAAAGUCCAUAUUAUGUGAUAUGUUCACAGAGAGAGUAUUCAAUGAGGUGUUCAAUUUAGUGAAAGAAAAUAAAGGAAGAGAAUUGGCUUACAUUCCAUCAAUACCUGUGUGGAUGAUCAAGGAUACUAAGCCUGAAGUAAUACCACACUAUAUGUAUACUUUUACAGAAGAAAAGGGUUUUGAAAAGUGGAUAGAAAUAGCUGAAAAAAAUUUAUGGGGUUGGAGUAUUGUAGAGUGGGGACCAACUAGACUUGUCGUUGUGUGCGGUGAACAUGGAAAAGGUACAGGGUUGUUCAUGAAGGAUGUCAAAGUUUAUGAUACAUUGAGGAAGGAAUGGACUCAUCAUGGAGUGGAAUUGCCAUCAAGAAGACAUGGUGGUGUGACUAUAAUUGGUGAUGCAUUGUAUAUGGUUGGCGGUGUAGGUGGGUUUAGGGUAGUCCUAGAUACGGCAGUUGUGUAUGAUUUGAAACAAAGAACCUAUAGAAAAAUUGCAAAAUUACCUGACACAAUCCAGAAUCCAGCUGUUUGCUCACACAAUGAUUCUGUCUAUGCAGCAGGACAUAAAAAUAUAUACAGAUAUGAGGAGGUCGAGCAGUCUGACAGAUGGAGUAUGGUGAUUGGUACAGAGUUCCGGACAAGUUGUAUGGUGUCAUUCCGGAAUUACAUUUACUGCACUCAGAAUUAUUUCAGCCACAUGCACCGAUUUAGGCCAGAUAUUGACACUAAAUUGGAACUGAUAACUUAUUUUACUAAUCCACCUGCUGCAAUUUGUCAUUUAGGUAAUAUACGUCUCAUAGUGUUUACAAGAACCAUGUGCGGGCAAGCGGACAUUUUAGCUGUGGAGGAGUAUACAGGGGUCAAUGCAGAUGAUCUUCCUAGAGUCUUAUGGUCGGAAUCCAACACGGCCAUGAAAGUGAAUGAUGUGGCCGGCUGCUGUACUCUGGUCAUGACCAUACCACCAGUAUACCCAGAGCAACCUCAGUACCACAAACGUUAUUUGACUCCUUAUACGGAUCUGUCAUAAAAGGCUUUUUUUCUGUAAUGGUGUCUACCUAGUCAUAAUAAUAAUUAGCAAAAAAGGAAAAUCAAAUUCCACUAUGUAAAUUAAAUACAAAAGUCAAUGGACUAUUUGGAUGCUCAAUGUCACUGUAUUAUUCCAAAAAGUGCAUAAAAAUUUGUUUUUACGUUUUAGCAUUUAAUGCCUUUUUGUUUUUUAAAUCAAAAAUUGUGAGACUGAAACAUUACGAAUGUUCAAAAGUGAUAUAAUUGUAAGUGAAAGUUGUCAACGUCAUGAUAAAAUAAAAAUGCAUGUUUAAUUAAUUUGUUAUUCAUUUACAUUUAUUCUAAGGUUCAUUUACACACAGACAAUAUUAUUGUGUACAUACAUUUUGUACAGUAGUCUUAAAAUUAUAAGGCAAUUUAGUUAAUACUCAUCUGUUGAUCUAUAAAUAUAUAUAUAUGUGACAGCAUCAUAUGCGCGACUUCGUUAGACUAGGCGUCCACAAUAAUAAAAUUAUAUUUUUCAAUUUACGUUAACAACAAAUAUUAUUUUGCAGGUAAAUUCUAUAGUCAUUCAUUUGUUAACAUUAAAGUACUUACGGCUAACGCAUGCAUAGCAAAUUUAAUAUUAUUUACAUACUGAAUGUUAAAAUCGGAUAAUAAUACAUAUAAAAAUUUAAGGCCACUCCAGUCAUUAUACCGUUUUAAGCACCAUCUUGUGCAUUCAUAUAAUUACAUAAUGGCACUUAAUUGAUGAUUGCAGAUUAUAAAACGUGAAAUUAUAAUUAAACAUUAUAGAAUAACUUAUAAACUUAUUUGAUAUAUUUAUAAAAAGCUUCAUAACAACUCAUCAGGCAAAUAAAUUUGCUAAUUCUGAAUUAAAUGAUGUGUAUAAUAGGGAAGCAUUGUUACUGCGUCAAAAAUAUUAUUUGGCAUAUGUUUGCUAAAUAUAAAUGGAAGCACUACCUACUUAAGAAAUAUGACGGCAUACUAGAAUAUACAAAAUCUCUGUACCUAUCACCAAAAUAUGUAGUAGGUAAAAGCAAGUUUAUCAAAAUCUUAUGUAAAGGCACAUCACAUAAGUCCUGUUCAUAUCUCUAUUAUCCAUAAUAUAUGUAAUUUCUUAAAUUAUUAUUAAAAACCACUUCACAGUAUCGAGUUGAACAGAUCAAGUAAUUCUCUUAAUUCUACACCAAAACUUCAUUUUAAUAAACAACACUGCAUGUGAUUGUAACAACAAGUUCUCAUAAUAAUUUAUUUAAUAAAAAAAAAAUAUGUAACAUAAUUCAUUAGCAUUUCAUAAAUUUCAUAAGAAAUUUGAAUAGUCAAACAAUAGAAAAAAAAUACUUUAAAUAAAAAAAAACUAGAAUCAACAUAAAUUGUGAUUCUAUUAACUCUCACAUUUUCACGUAUGUUGCUCCUCCUAAAAGAUAACACUAUCUCUUUACGUCCAUCCUCCGGUGAGUUUGUGGAAUGAUUCUUCGUCCAACUGUUGGUUGGCAUCCUUCGAUCGCAUCGAGAGGAAUAUAUAGCCUCCGAUGAACUCGUGCACCACCUUGCAGUCCGCAGACUGGACAGAGAAUAUGAUGCUGCCCUCUUCAAAUUGCACCAUCAUGUGUUUUAUUUCCCAGUUAACGUUCCAUGCCUUCAUAGUGCUGAAGCGCCAGGUCUUGAUAUGGUCUCCGGUGCUGGGGUCUAAUCUCAUGAUGCGGUUGUUCGCGAUGCUAAUUAUUUCGUCUUUCUUAUGUCCCAUGAAUCGCACCACGAACAAAGACUGUCCGUAGUCGGGUAAAUUCUGCCAGGUCUUGAUGUAUUGCAGUUUGGCUUCCAGCAGAGGCAGGUCUUUGACGUUCGCGUGGCUUUCCAGCAGGCGUUGCGUGAACUUGCCGCGGUGCUUGCGCAGGUAGCGCGGCGCUAUAUAGUUGUCGGGCUGCAGGUGGUCGGGGUGCGGCAGCGCGGUGGGCGGGAGGGGCGCGGCGCCGGCGCGCGGUCGCUGCAGGGCCAGCAGGGCGCGCACUCCGCUCGCCUCGGACGCGAACGACGGGUCGGCCAACGAGCGGCCCCGAGCGCCUAGACGGCAGGCCGCUACCCACUCCGCGUACGAAUCCUCAUUUUCGCAUUUCAGCCACAUCUCAUGCAUGGCAUCUUCAGACGGAACUUCCAGUUUGAUGCUAUAUCUUCCGGACGCCGGGUGAGCGUCUGGUGUUACCUCUGCUCCUCUCAAUUCCACAGAAUAGGAAGGGGCUUCCCCUUUGGCAGCAGCCUCGCGCGACGAAUGUAUACGAAGGACCCCAUCGCGACAUGACACCCAGCCACGCUUAUAAGCUUUCAGUGUGAACCGUUUGGGCCUAAGGUACUUGAGGUAUGCUGCCAACUCCGGCACGUGCGUGAUAUCUUGCCUCGUAGGCGGACCGCCUUCGAGCUGUGCUUGUAAUUCGCUGAGAGCAGCUUCUAUCUCGUCUUCUGGAGCCGGUGUGUUGGAACUGUUGUGGGAACCGUCUGCCGCCUCCAUACUUCCCCCGGCCAGGGUUUGGAGUUCGAUUUGAAGCUGGAGGGCGGCGAACAGAAGCAUCUCCUCCUCAGUGCAAUGAACCUCCUGGUUGAGGAUCUGCCAGCGCGCCUGCUGGUAUAACUGGUUGAGGCGCGGAGCGUCUGCAGGCCUGGCCGACAGCUCAUAGAACGAGUAGAACUUGAAGCGGAGCUGGAGGAUAUCCCAUUCGCGGAUAAACUGCUCCAUUAUGGAGAGGGACGAGUCCAACCACCCAACGUUCAUUCUGGCGCGCUCCAUGAGGGAUUUAGGCGAGAGCAGCGACUCCCGGGACUGUGUGUCUGUGACCGGCGAGUCAGCCAGCGACAGGUCUGCGAGUGAAUCAAGCGCGUCCAGCGACGCGGCGCGCGGCGGGGUGCCGCAGUAACCGCCAUCGCUGGAUCCGUCGCUUUGUGUGCUGUAUAUGUGCCCGCCGUAUCGACGUAGCGUGCCAUUGUGUUGUGACGCCACUGGUGUAGCGGACAAGGACCUGGGCGGUGGCGGCGUCGCUGGACACUGGCCAUUCGACCUAUCCAAACUGUUGGAAGAACCUCGCGUGGCCGCUAUGAAAGUGUUCGUGUCUGGGGGGGACUUUAUCCGUUUGGCCUCUUUGAGGUUCUGGUAGUUCUGUUUCAGAUGCGACGGCUCCAGUGGGUAGCAGAGGGACAGUUCCUCCGGAUGCCUUAUGCCUAAGCUUUUGCAAAGCUGUACCACUGCACUAAACGUGUCUAUGGAGAAGUCGAUCUUGCAGUCGAUGUAUCUCAGGUCGGGCAGCUGGAUGCGCAGGGGCUUGUGCAUGGGUGUGAAGUGGAGAGCGGCGUCCGCGUGCACUCCGUACUGGUCCAGGGUAUGUUUUGGCCGUGAGAGCCACUUGUUGCGCGCCGGCCACCAGAGGGCGUGGUCCGACCAAUCCUUCUUGAAGUCU